AUUUCGCUGUUGGUCAGUGCAUAACGGAAACGACGCACAUACGAACAGACAGUCUGGUGGUUCUGAAAGCGACUAGGGCAAACCGAAUAACAGAAAACAGUUUGCUAAUUUUAAGCUUCAUAAUUGUGUUAGAGGCAUUCAUGAAAUAGUUAUUAUCAAAUUUGGAAAAAUGAUUUCCCCGUGGGACCGGUGGUACUCCACCAGCUGCUGCCUUUGCUGCCAUGUCCGGACGGGCACCAUUAUCCUUGGUAUUUGGUACAUGUUGAUCAAUGCAGUGGUCCUACUCAUCCUCCUGUCUGCGCUCCAUGACCCAGUGCAAUACCGCUACCACCUUACUAGCGCUGAGCUGGGCACAGAUUUUGAUGUCAUGGAUGAUGCAAACAUGUGUAUAGCCACAGCCAUUUCCCUGGUCAUGAUCCUUAUAUGUGGUAUGGCAACCUAUGGUGCUUACAAGCAACAUGCCGCUUGGAUCAUUCCCUUCUUCUGCUACCAAAUAUUUGACUUUGCCCUUAACACCUUGGUAGCCAUUAGUGUGGUGGUUUACCCCAACACAGUCCAGGACUACCUCCAGCAGCUGCCCGGGACAUUCCCGUACAAAGAGGACAUCAUGUCCACCAAUAACAUGUGCCUCGUGUUUGCAGUGCUCCUCUUUGUAGGCUGCAUCCUAUCCUUCAAGGCCUACCUGAUUGGCUGUGUAUGGAAUUGCUACAGGUAUGUGAGUGGUCGAGGUUCCACCGAGAUCCUGGUUUAUGUCACAACAAAUGACACCACAGUCCUGCUGCCCUCUUAUGAGGAGGUCAUUGCCAUUCCCCCCAAGGAGCCUCCUCCCCAGUAUGUGGAAGCAUGAGAGACUCACACUACACUGGAUCCUUUAACUCCUCCCCCCUCCACCGUCCACCCCAAAUCCAGAGCCCUACACAGGCACUCGGUAUCCCUUGUCUCAGGUCUGUCAGCAUUGUCCCCCACUGAAGGUUAAAAGUACAGUUAAGGGAGCUGAUUCCAGACCUGCACUUUGAGACAGCUCCAGCCCAGUGUCCUCUGUCCCUCCUCCUCCUUGCUGCUGUGACGCUCUCCUCCCUCUCCACUCGUGACGUUGUCCCAACUUUGAGACGUCCUUCUCCCACUGUAGGACGAUGCAGUCAAUUGACCACCCACCCCCUCUCCAUUUGAUUAGCACUUUCUGUUAUUAGAGUGUGCACUUGACCAUUCACUGUUAGCCCUACCCUCUACUAUGAACUAUAUUCCGAUACUGUAGUUGGUCUGUAGCCAAACUUCAUGUCCCAGAGGUUGCAAUGCAGAGGGAAAAAGUUAACGGAGCCAGAGCGGGAAAAUGGGAUCGCUUAUGCAAGGCCACUUACAAAAAAUAAAGAAUUCUCCGGUACUUACUGAAUGUAACAUCGGGGGUAUUUUUAUAAGACUUUUUAUAACCCGUAAACAUUGAAUACUAAUUGUGAAGAAGAAAAUAAUGCGGUACUAGUCAGGGUGAAAUACUGUAAACACCUAUCUCUGUCACUGGACUAUGUCUAGGAAACUGAGGGUCUUAAAAGAGUGUCUUGACCAAUAACAGUAAAUAUUUUUCUUCUGUGUUUUCCUUUUGUAUCCAUGUACCAUUAUGUCAGUAACCCAUCACCCAGUCUUUGCAAUUUAUUGAAGUUGGCCCUUUCUAUUGUAUUCACUUGUAGGUCUCAUGCAUUCAAGUACUUAUUACAUUACUGUAACAUACACACAUACUUACACAGACACAAAAUAUGUAAAUAUGUGCAUGUUUGUGUGAGAAUGUCUCCAGUUGAUGUACAUCUUGUGUUAUGUUGAACAGUUGCAGACCUGCAAUGACCAUAAUCUUUGAUUUUUACAUCAAAGUAUUUGAUCUGAUAUUUUUAGCUGAGCUAACUUAGCUGGUCUGAGGGCAUUACCUGGAAAGACAGCACGAUAUGCUGCUACACGUGGAAAAGGGUUGGAUUUCAUGUUGCUUCUAGUUUAUUUGUAUGCAGAUACAUGCACAUGCAGCAAUAUUGUUUUAUUAUUCUUACAGUCAGUCAGCUUUUGACAGUUAAAACUGAUGGAAUUCCCUAAAUAACAUAGUAAUGCAACCCUAGGAUACACAGCUGGUUCCAGUAAGUGCUCCAAAAAGUCACUAUUUGUUGCAGUUGCACUUAUUGGGAAUUGCAGAGUAUGCAAUUGUACUAUCUCCACUGGUUUCAUCUGUAUCACAAAGCAAUGGGCCUGAGUAAAUCCUAAUUGUCCUUUUAAUCAGUCAAAAGCUCCAUUCAACAAUUCAUAUGAGACAAAUGUGACUAAUAAUAAUUCUAGAGUUUGUUUUAUUGAAUUGCAUUGGGUAAACACUGCUUUUGCAAAUCCAACCAUGUCUAUUCAAACUGUAGAGAAUUUGCACUUUAAGACCAUCUUCUUCUUCCACUCUGGGUUGUUUCAGAUGGACUGUAAUAGACUGUUCUAGUAAAUGAAUAAGAAACAAAUGUCUAAUUUGACUUAUUGUUUGGCUGUGAGUGAAAUAUCCUUCAUUCAGACCCUCUUUUCUUUUAUGGAAAACUGAAUAGGUUGUUCAUCGGUGUUGCCUGAUCCUAUCACAAAUGUUUGUUGAAUAUGCUAUGGCUCCUAUCUUUAAUUAUAAUAAAAUACAUCAUGUGGUA